ACUCGAAGGGAUUCCUCUCUGGAGCUAACAGUAGCUAGCCGGCUGCUAAUCUCCUGGACAACGCAGUUGUAGGGUUGUUUUAUUGGCCGCUUUCAAUGUCCGCGCCUUUCGUCCGUCGUACUUCAGCGGUCCCCUGAUGCGCCGUCGGUGACGAAAGCGGGGCGGACACCGACGGACAAGUUUUAAUGCGCUGGAUGGUCGGUGACUCUUGCUUUCUCCCCAGGAUGCUAGCACGCAAGCGAGCGAGCCAGCCAGCCAACUAGCCAACCUGCUGAAACAGCCAAAUAGCAGCGGCGUCCGGAUGCUUUGAACAGCAAGAACGCAACGGAUAUCGGGGAGUUUCUAGUCGGCCUCGCACGAUGUCGGGCAACCGGCUGCAGCCGAGCGCUGGCGGGGCGAGUUCAGUGCCCAGCACGAGUAACGUUAGCGGCGGCGCAGGAGGCACCGGGAACACAAACGGUGGCGGCGGGGGCAACGCCGUCACCAGUAAUGGCAACAACUCUGGAAACGUCGUGCCCUCCCGGACCCUUGCGGGUGCCGGCGAGGGGGCUAUGUCGGUGCCGACGUUGGCCGCCGUGCCGUCGUCCCGGGGCGGCUUCGCGUCUCUGAGCAGACCCACCGCGUCCUCGGGUAGCAGGAAAAAGUCCCUCCACCAAGCACCCCUCUACAACGGCCUCUUGAAUUCAUACGAGGAUAAAAGCAACGAUUUCGUUUGUCCCAUUUGCUUCGAAAUGAUAGAAGAGGCACACAUGACGAAGUGCGGCCACAGUUUUUGUUUCAAGUGCAUCCGCCAGAGUCUGGAGGACAGCAACAGAUGUCCCAAGUGCAACUACAUCGUCGAUAACGUGGAUCAGCUCUACCCAAACUUCCUCGUAAAUGAACUGAUCCUUAAACAGAAGCAACGGUCGGAGGAGAAGAGGCUAAAAUUGGAUCAUCCCAAUGGGUCGAGGUGGCAGGUGUUCCAGGAUGUGUUGAGUCCCGACCAGGAGAACCUGGACCUGGCUAAUGUCAAUCUGAUGCUGGAACUCCUGGUCCAGAAGAAGAAGCAGCUGGAGGCGGAAUCCCAAGCAGCUCAGAGACAGAUCCUCAUGGAGUUCCUGAAAGAAGCCCGGAGAAACAAAAGAGAGCAACUGGAGCAACUGCAGAAAGAGCUCAGCUUUCUUGAAGAGGACAUUAAGCGUGUUGAGGAGAUGAGCGGGCUGUACUGUCCGAUGAUGGAGGCCGAGUGUACGGUGCCUAAUGUUGAGGCCCCCUCACCAGCACCCAGCUGUAGCAGUAUUAUGGAGCCACCAGAUUACAGCCAGCCUCCAGGAUUUGGUGGAACAACCCAGGGCAAAAGACAGACCUGGUACAACAGCACGCUGGCGUCGAGGAGGAAGAGGCUGACGGCUCACUUCGAGGAUCUGGAGCAGUGCUACUUCUCCAACAAAAUGUCACGCAUCACAGAUGAAGGCAGAAACCUGAACCAGUUGGAUGAUUUCAUGGAGUGCCUGUCUAAGUUCACCCGCUACAACUCUGUGCGGCCGCUCGCCACCCUCUCGUACGCCAGCGACCUCUACAACGGCUCCAGUAUCGUCUCCAGUAUCGAGUUUGACCGCGACUGUGACUACUUCGCCAUCGCCGGCGUGACCAAGAAGAUCAAGGUGUUUGAGUACGGCACAGUGAUCCAGGAUGCGGUGGACAUCCACUACCCUGUCAAUGAAAUGACCUGCAAUUCUAAAAUCAGCUGUAUCAGCUGGAGCAGCUACCACAAGAACCUUCUGGCCAGCAGCGACUACGAGGGUACUGUCAUCCUGUGGGAUGGGUUCACCGGCCAGAGGUCCAAAGUCUACCAGGAACAUGAAAAAAGGUGUUGGAGUGUCGACUUCAACCUAAUGGACCCCAAGCUGUUAGCCUCCGGUUCUGAUGAUGCGAAAGUGAAGCUGUGGUCAACCAAUCUCGAUAACUCAGUGGCCAGCAUCGAGGCCAAGGCCAAUGUCUGCUGUGUGAAGUUCAGCCCAACCUCCAGGUAUCACCUGGCCUUUGGCUGUGCAGACCACUGUGUCCACUACUAUGAUCUACGCAACACCAAGCAGCCCAUCAUGGUAUUCAAAGGCCACAGGAAGGCUGUGUCCUACGCCAAGUUUGUCAACGGAGAGGAAAUAGUUUCUGCCUCCACAGACAGCCAGCUGAAGUUGUGGAACGUCAACAAACCUCACUGCCUGCGCUCUUUCAAGGGUCACAUCAAUGAGAAGAACUUUGUGGGCCUGGCUUCCAAUGGAGACUACGUUGCCUGUGGCAGUGAAAACAACUCCCUGUACCUGUACUACAAAGGGCUGUCAAAGACGCUGUUGACAUUCAAGUUCGACACGGUGAAGAGUGUCCUGGACAAAGACAAGAAGGAAGACGACACCAACGAGUUUGUCAGCGCCGUCUGCUGGAGAGCCCUGCCCGAUGGAGAGUCAAAUGUCCUGAUUGCUGCAAACAGUCAAGGAACGAUCAAGGUUCUUGAGCUCGUCUGAGGGCCCCCGCUGCGUCUUCAGCAUGUGACAGAACGUCCAUCAGCUGCUCGGUGUUUGAUAGUGGACCAGUCUGAUGCAUGGAGGAGCCCAGGCGGCCUGCUGGACCCGGAUGCCUGACAACAGAGGGAGACCUGAAUUGAACUGAACCACCAACCCACCAACAUCUACCCCACUCCGGUCUUAUUUUUAAUGAGCUGCAGCAGAAAAGAAUUUGGGCCAUAGCAGGAGAAGAUGUGCUGUCAUUUUACAGGCAAAAGAAACGAGGACCUACUAGCUUGGGCACACAACGAAACAAGAGACUUUAGCAAGCCUGUUUUUGCUGUUUUUGUUUCUUUACGUUUAAAAUAUCGGCUACAAUAGAAACGCCUCUUUAUGAUUUUAGGUUGAAUCAAAAAAGUGUACCUUUUUUUUUUUUUUUUAAUUAAGCUGUUGCUCCCGAGGGUACAUCCAGCCAAACGCUACCAGUGUGAUGCUUUUUUCUUUUUUUUCCUUUUUUAAAGGCCAAAGCACAAGACAUAAUCACAUGCAAAAAUCAUGUCUUUUAACCCCAAACACAGACACAUUGUUUGUCAACCGACUGUUUUCCCUCUUUACAUGUAGUUCUUUUUUGUGUUUUUCAGAUUGGGAGAAACCAGUUUUAAUAAAUAAGACUUGAAUUUCA